AUGGAUUGCGUGAGUCCAAUCUUGGACGUUGGAAUUCGCUUGUGGGAUUGCUCGGCCAAGCGUAUAUCUUAUGUUCAUCAUCUUGAAGAGAAUGUUGCCUCUUUAAGUAAUGCCAUGAACGAGCUCAAAAACAUAAGCCAAGAUGUAAAGAGAAGAGUUGACUUUGCUGUGGAACAAGACUUUCAGUGUACCAACCAAGUGAAGGGCUGGUUGGAAAGUGUGGAAGCCAUGGAAGGAGUGAAUCAAAUUCUGCAAAAGGGUAAUGAAGAAAUCCAGAACAAGUGUCUUGGAAGUUGUCCCAAGAACUAUUGGUCUAGGUACGCGCUUGGCAAGGGAGUGGCUAAAAAGCUAGAUGCUAAGAGGAUCAACAAUGAGUUUGUUUUGUUGGUAAACGACUUUGACGUAGUCAUCUGGGUUGUGGCAUCCAAAGAAGCAAGUAUAUCAAAAAUUCAGGAUGCUAUUCAAGACAGAUUACAAAUCCCAGAUGAUGAGUGGAAAUCCAAUCGAGUAGAAGAAAGAUCCAUUAAGAUAUACAGGACUUUACGAGGGAAAAAGUUUGUGUUGUUACUAGACGACGUCUGGAAGCAGUUUGAUCUCUUGAAAGUCGGGGUUCCUAUUCCAGAUAUUCAUAAUGGUUCCAAAGUAAUAUUCACAACCCGUUCCAAGGAGGUGUGUGGCCAAAUGGAGGCUGAUAAGUGCAUUCGUGUAGAGUGCUUGGAACAAGAGAAGGCCUUGGAUUUAUUCUUGGAAAAGGUCGGAGAAGAAGCUCUAAGUUCUCAUCCAACUAUACCACACCUUGCUAAAGCUGUUGCUAAAGAGUGCAAAGGUUUGCCACUUGCUCUUAUCACCGUUGGGCGUUCCAUGGCUAGUAGGAAGUGUUGGGAUAUAUGUCCACAAAUCAAAUAA